CCGUGUCACUGCUCUUUCCUGAUAGUUUUUGCUUUGUCAGCGAUAUUUCAGAGCAGACAGAAUGUUGAUCCCGAGAUUAAAGCCUGGACAAAAGAGAGCAGCGGCCGUCACAACAACAGAAUCUCUCAUUGUUUCAGACGACAACACGGAGCCCGCCUCGUAUAUGACAACAGCAGGCCAACACCAAACAUCACAGCCACGGAGGACCUGCACACAGACACAUCAGCAGCCAAUCGGACAGAAGAAAAUCACACAUUUUCAACCUCCUCUCAGACAAUUAGAGAAGUUUUGUUUAUUGGUUUCAUUUCAUAUUCCUUUGAGAUUUCAUCCAGGAUGUUUUGCAGAACUCUCCUGCUCAUCUGUGCUGCUGUUUUUGUCUGUGCAGAUGCUGAGGAUAAAUCCAGGCUCUACAGGAGGGGACCAGGUGGUUUUUGAAGUUGAUGUGUUGAAAACAGGAAAAACGGGACAGUGUAAUGCUCUGAGUGGCUAUGACAUGGGCCAAACUGUGACAGCGAGGCGACUGGCUCAGAGCAUCUCCAUAACCUGUCUGAUGGGGUUUUCCCAGCAUGCAGUGCCCUCCUGUGUAGGGAUGAGCGUGACUCAGGCAUGUCCUCUGAACUACUCUCCGGUGUGCGGCAGCGACGGCGUCACCUACCCGAACGAGUGUUCUCUGUGUGUCCAAAGACUGGAGAAAAAUGCUGACAUUCUGAUUGUGUCAGAGGGGCCCUGCUGAGGAUGACAUCAUCCCUAACUGAUCAUCUUUGACUUUUGUUUGAAUGUAGCUGUAGCAUACACACACACACACACACACACACACACACAUGCCUGCAGCCAUAUGUAGUAAUAAAUCCAACACAUUUAUUUUGUAAUGCUGUGUUUUAUAUUUUCAUAUCUUUGUGAAGACAUGUUUCAUUGUAAUCUUACAGCAAUAAAGAUUUCUGUUUGUGGCUGAA